UCAGUGCAAGUUUCUUUCAGUUAAAACAGCCCAGACAUGCAUUUUAGUCUGGGACUAGGCUUAAACCUAUUCUAUGAAACCGGAGGUAUGUUUGGAAUGAGCAACUGCAUCAGGUCCUGCCGUAUGAUCCCUAUGUACAGGGGAUCCUACAGAAUGAGGAUCUACGAGAGGGAGAACUUCAUGGGCCAGAUAUACGAGCUGACAGAUGACUGUGACAGCAUCACGGACCUUUACCACAUGUCUCACUGCCAGUCCUGCCAUGUGAUGGACGGCCAUUGGCUCUUCUAUGAGCAGCCCCACUACAGAGGCAGGAUGUGGUACUUCAAGCCUGGAGAGUACAGUAGCUUCAGCAAUAUGGGUGGCAUGAGAUUCAUGAGCAUGAGGCAUAUCAUGGACUCAUGGUACUAA